AUAUGCCCUCUCCUCGGCAGUUGCUUUGUGCUCAACAUCUCAAGCUUCCUCUCUCUCUUUGGAUAGAAGUUCUUGAGGUUACAAGAGCCCAUAAUCCUCAAGAUGUCUUGCGGUGGAAACUGCAACUGCGGUUCGAGCUGCGGCUGCGGCGGCGGCUGCGGAAAGAUGUACCCUGACCAGGCUGAGAAGAGCACCGCUGCUGCCCCGGCAGCCAUGGUCCUCGGCGUUGCACCUGAGAAGGGGCGCUUCGAGGAGGGUUCCGAGAAGGCCACCGAGUCCGGCGAGGCUGGCCAUGGCUGCACCUGCGGCUCCAGCUGCACGUGCAACCCCUGCAACUGCUGAAGAUGAGGGCAUGCACACACAUGCCUUCCUAUCUAUAACAAUGCCUGCUUGCAAGAAAAUAAGAAGCCAUUUGACGCAAUGGCUCGGCUGCUUGAUGGUCUCCUGUUACCGUGCACUACUAUUGUGCCUUGUGAAACCAGUGGACUGGUCUUUGUGUGUUCUGACCGGAAUCAUAUAGUACAUGCUCAGGCUACCAUGUGGCCUUGUGAUUGGGAGUGGGAAAUCUGAGGUUUCCAAGCUACUGCUAUUGCCCUUUUGUGUCUGCAUGUGUUGUACUGUUUCAGUGAAGUUAAUAUAAAUCCAGUUUGCUUGUGCA